AUGCUCGUCUCGUCCUCACUCGCGGCGCUCGUGUUGCUCACCACCUCGGCACUCGGAACGUCCCUGCACGGCGAUGCGCAACAACAACAGCAGCAGCAGCAACUUCACCGGGGCCGCAAGUUCAGAUUGGCCAAGCGUCUGGAACCUGUCUCGAUCCAAGGUGUCGUCAAUAAGAAGUGAGUAUUCUGGUUUUUUGUCUUUGUUGCCACGGGACGACCCCUCGCGUUUUUCGCCCGGUGAUCGUUAGGGCCGCGCGCGUCGCGGGCCGCCACGCUCUGCCGGUUCGUCUAGCUCUCGGAUCGACUCUGCACAGACCCUCGCAUGCAUCGAUUUCUUGACGGCAGAUCCACUUGCGCACAUGCUCUUGGAUGACUUGAGGCUGUGUCUGCGCUGCACCAACCGCACCUUUCACGCCCUGCCAAUGUCGCUGGGUGUUUUCGUGGCCUUGGUGUGAGCUGCGCGUAGUUUGAGCCGAGCGUCGAUCGCGUUUCGGGCGGUUGAGCGAACAACGCGCGCCACGCGCGGCGCGUCGCAUCGACUUGGCCCGUGCCCGCCUCGGCGAAACGCGUCGCGCAGCGGGCUCGGCCCCGAUGCUUUUAGCCUAUUAGCCUACCGGCGCUGUCGCUCGGCAGCGUUCUAGGUUCAAACCUUUCGCUGCCCCAAGCCGUGCUUCCACCUUCCAGAGUCGUGCCCAGACACCCCGAUUCUCGACCAGAACACUGACGGCGGCUUGUUUGUUUUUUUCCUCGGCGUUUUCUCUCCCUCCCAGAUUCGUCAACAACGACUUGGCGCGCAGUUCGCACAAGUAUGCGACCGCCUCCGCAACCAAGAUCAUCAACUUUGCGAGCAAGAACACCACCUCCAAGAUACGUCGUCAUAUGGCCGCCGUGUCCGAAGCAGCUCAGGCCAUGGAGAAGCGAUCAAUCGAGUCCGAGAAGUCGUCAAAAUUUGACAAACGGGCGCCCAAGGGCUCCCUCGACCUCACCGAUUGGAGUUAGUCACGUCCUUUCUCUCUGUGAUUUUCAUGUUAUGGGACAAUUCAACCCAUAUUCGCAAUGCCAUCGUGCUUUCAUUUGCUCGUACCUCCAUCUGCAUCGAAGCUGAUGCGCCCCUCAUCCCGGUCUUCCACAGUCACCGGUGGCCACGAUACGGUUUACUACGGACAACUAAGCAUCGGAACGCCUUACCAGACCUUUGAUAUUGAUUACGAUACCGGCUCCGCGGAGUGCGUACCGGAUAGGUUUUCGUGCCGAGCGAGUCGACACCGUGCUAACCCUUGCCUUUUCCAUCGCUUGUUAGCCUUUGGGUCCCAGGUCAGAGCAACCCGACCAAGCACACCAAGUUCAACGACGACAAGUCGACCUCGUUCGAGCAGUCCAAGGUCAAGUGGUCGGUCAAUUACGGUACCGGCAGUUCGGCGGGUCUCAUCGUUCGUGAUCGCGUGCAACUGGCUGGCUACAAUUACGCGACCCAAAUCUUUGCGCUCGCCAGUGCAUCCGCUCAGGUGCUCGAGAACCUCCCCGUCGAUGGUGUCAUGGGCUUCGCCUUCUCUUCGAUCGCCUUCAUGGGCUCGCCGACGAUGUUGGAAAACCUGAUCAACCAAGGCUCGGUUUCGACUCCUGCCGUCAGUUUCUACUUCAAGCGCGCGCGUGACACGUCUUCCAAGACGAGCGGCACCCUCGAUGGCGGUGAGAUGUGCGUCGGUUGCAUCGACUCGUCCAAGUACAGUGGAGCUUUAAGCUACACCGCCGUUUCGGACCAAGGGUACUGGCAAGUCCCGUCCGACGGUAUCGCCGUCAACGGCGCCGUUGUUUCCGGCACGAGCAUGCAAGUUGCGGUCGACACGGGAACGACCCUCAUCUAUGUCCCCGUCGCGGUCGCCGACAAGCUCUACACGUCGCUUAACGCCAAGAAGUACGCCGAUGGUUCGUACACCGUCCCUUGCGCCGCCGCCUUCCAGACCUUUGGUCUCUCGUUCGGAGGCAAGAUCUACAACAUCCCCCUCGCCGAUCUUUUCUUGGGUUACGCCGACUCGAGCGACAAGUCGCAGUGCAGCCUCGGUAUCAGCGGUGUCGACAAUACCAAUGCCGAUGGAGAUACCGUUGCCAUCGUCGGUGUCUUGUUCCUCAAGGCCGUCUACAGUGUCUUCACCUACUCGCAUGACGGAAAGCCUGCCGUUGGCUUCGCGCAGUCCAUCACGAGUGGCGUCGGCUCGGGCAGUGUUUCGGCUGCGACCUCGCCGGCCGCCACCCCGGCUGGCACUGUCACGGCUUCGGGUAGCAAGAACGGGUCCACCUCGGCGACGACGACGGCCACGAACAAAUCCUCAGCCGCUUCCAAAUUCGUUGCAACACAACAGGCCAUCUCGACCGCCGCUCCUAUCGUUCAGUCGGCUUCAAAAGCUGUCACGGUCAAAGCGGCCGCGGCAACCAGCAGCGGAAGCGGCAGCACCUCAACCGGCGGCAGUGA